CAUUCCUCCUUGUCUUCAUACCAUCAUCACCUCUUCGUCUUCCUCUCUUCCUCUCUCUCUCUCAUUCCCGACCCAGCCUAGCCAUGAAACGCACCGGCACCAACCCCGCCGGCCCAGCCCCCACCACCAAAAAAUCCCGACCCCUCUACGAAACCAUAACACCCUUCCCGAAUCCGUCCAGCGAUAGCCUAGCAUACAAGCUCCCUUCGAGCGUCCCGAGACCUGGGGACACUGGGAAGUUCUCGCCUGUUCCAGUCCCUUCGGUUUUCAGGACAAGCUCGAGGAACUUGAAGGAGAACAGGGUGGGGAGUAAGCCCAAGUCGAGGUCCAAGUCCAAGUCGAGGUCGAGGAAGGGCGUGCUGGAGAGCCCGUUCCCUGUCUUUGAUGCAGCAGAUGAAAUAGAUAUCCCGACUCGCUUCCCAAAGCGCACCUUGUCGGACAAGUUCCAGCCGAAUAUACCCAUCCCGCAACAGUCUCACUCAACGACGACUUCUCCCCAGUCGGGUCUGCCUCAAUCAGAGAGGAGACGCCGUCCCUCUGCACCUACGCCUCCACGUACACAUAUCUCGUUCCUCGAUCCCGAUAUCAAGCAUCAUGCAGGGUUAGGAGACGUCGAAUUCAGCAUUGCAUCCCCCGAGGUGGACUUCAACCGGCCUCCGUCGCAGUUAUCGUUCUACGACGGGGCUGAUGGGAUGUUCGCGGAUGUCCAGUUCGUGUCGACUCCCUUCCGGUUUGCUAGGACCAGGAAAGGGAACGGUGAGGGAACGAUCGACCCGCGGUUGUUGUCCAAGCGGGAUAACCCAGUGAGCGACACGGACACGGAUGAGGAGGGGGUUAUUACGAGUCCGUAUAAGCUUUUGAAGAGAUCAUUGCGGAAGAAACGGCAGAUGUCUGCGGGUUAUAUGACGCCUGACGAAGAAGAGGAAGAGACUGGAUGGAUCAGUGAUUCGUUGAUCUCGCCGCCUACGAGGGGAGAUGUGGAGAUGGCUGAACCCGACUUGGCUGAGGAGUUGUCUUUGGAUAGCUUGGUUCUGACUUGUGAAGCCAGGCCGGGGCCUGUACGCACGCGCUCGCUUGAUUCGUCUGCUUCGUCCCUAGCACCCGCCCUGCCGAUCAAGACUGCGACUAGGAGGACUCGGAGCGGGACUGUCCUCCAAAGCCAUAGCACAACAAAUGAAGUAGCUGUUGGGAGGACGCGGAGCGGGACGAUCACUCAGCGAACGAGGAGUGGGACUGUCACGAAGAGAGCUAGGAGUGGGAGUAUCUUGGCUUCACCGCCGCCGCCUGUUGUUAGUGGAGGGAGGACGAGGAGCGGGAGCAUCCUCAAUAAUCGUGUUCCGCCGCCGCCUCUUGUUGGAAGGAAGCCUGGGAGACUCGUGAGCACGCUGGGAGGAGAUGGAGACGACGAGUACUCAGAGGACGAGGUGCUGUGCUGUUGAUUGCCUGAUUUUUUGCGUUUCUUACUGCCUAUCAAAUUCUUAGCUCGAGGCGCUGACGUUCAGUACUCCGGAGGAUGAAUUACCGCUCCUGCGUCCGAGGGUCCGCCGAGCGAGGGUAAGAGAUGGGCAGAUGAAGAUGUAUCGGCACCCGCCUGUGGAGGGUGAGGAGGACGGGAUGGACGAGGACGACGAGUUGGACUUUUUGGUGAGUGCCUUCUGGAGGACUGUGUGGUGCUGAUUGUUGGUUCGUAGUCAAAGUGAAUAGGUAAGAGAACCUAGACUGGUUUUUUG